AUGUCUAACGAUUCAACCGACUUGCUACCCCCUGAUCACUUCCUGCUCCAGCCCCGUCAGGACUUCCUCCUCGGCGCAAACGAGGGACAUGUCGAUACCUCCACUCUUGCUGCACACGAUUUCGAUGUCGACACUCGCACGGGUUUCAUGCCCCCAGAUCCCCCUUUAAGUAGACUCCCCAUACAAUGGGAACUUUGGGAGACAGCACUAGAUGCUGCAAUGCAGGCAAAGCUACAACUCGCUAUCAAAUCAGGCCUGACAAGCGACGAGAAACAAUCAUCAGAGUCGUGGCGUGGACAUGUUCGACAGCUGCCUGUCCUCCCCGCGUUCGAGCUCACACACUCCGAACUGCUCCUUCGACGCGCACACCACGUUCUCACCUUCAUUAUGCAUUUCUAUAUUCAUACUCUCCCCCUUUCUUCGCCCGUGUUCAUUCCAGAGCCAAUCGCUGUUCCCCUCGUCGCCAUAUCCAAUCACUUGCAGUUACCCCCAGUUGUUACUUACUCUGACAAUGUCCUCUAUAAUUGGGACAUCAUCCGCCCCAGGGCCCAAGAUGAGCUUGGAUUCGAGCCCCCCGCUCUGGACAAUCUUCACAGCCUGGACAUGUUCUCCGGUACCAUAGACGAGCAAGAAUUUUACCUUGCUUCUGCCCGUAUAGAGCUCCGCGGCGUCGAGGCUCUCGAACUGAUGCGUGCGACUUUGGACGAAUUGUUCGUCGGCGACGAGAUAACCAUCAGGCGCAUCACUGCAUAUCUCCACAAGCUUGCUUCAAUCGUGAAUGACCUCGAGGUUAUCCUGCUUGACGUGCGUAAGGGCUGCGACCCUAGCACGUUUUAUCACUCCAUCCGCCCAUGGUUCCGCGGCGCAGACUCGGAUCCUGCUCACAGGAAAUGGGUGUUCGAAGGUGUUGAGGAGCAGCCGACCGACCUCUCAGGGCCAAGCGCAGGGCAGAGCGCCCUGAUCCAUGCUCUAGACGUAUUUCUUGGCUUGGACAAUUGUAAUGUGGUCGAAGGUGGUGUUACGCCGGACCAGCGGACGCUGUUGAGAAGGAUGCAGACCUACAUGCCGCGUCACCAUCGCAAUUUCUUGCGACACCUCAGUACGAACCCACGUACUGUGCGGACGUUCGUGACGCAAGCGAAGCCUGAUGCAGAGCUUCUGGACGCGUACAAUUCUGCAGUGCAGUCGGUGAAGGCGUUUAGGGACGCGCACAUCAAGAUCGUGGCAAUCUAUAUUAUCGGGCCUGCUGCCCGUGAAAGGAUGGAGCUCCAGAACGCAGGUCCAGAAGCUCAAGAGGUUGGCAGGGGAGUGCUGAAAGGCACAGGCGGGACGGAUUUAGUACGGUUCCUUAAAGGCGUGAGGGACAAAACUGCCGAGGCUGUCAUAGAGCCUACCCUGCAGUAG